CAAUAUUAAGUAAAUUGAUAUUUAUGUUGUUUUAUAUGUUUUACGCAUCUAAAAAUAUAUUGAAAUACAUUGUAAACCGAAUCAGCUAAUAUAUAAUGAUAAAAUGACUGGAAUAUCUAGUUUUUAGAUGAUGUUUAUAAAAGAGGAAAAUUAAACUGUUAUGGAAUUGAUGGAAGAACAUGUUAAGCAUGACACGUGUAAUCAACAAAAAGAAAAAUUACAAGAUGUUCCAUGUUGUUGUUCUCAGCGCUGGAUUCUGGCAUACACUUCAUUCUUUGGAGUUGUGUUAGUGUAUGCCGUAAGAGUUAAUUUGAGUGUUGCUAUAGUAUGUAUGGUUAGAAAUGUUAAUUCAACCUCAGAAAAUAACGGGACUAUGAUAGAUACAACUACGUGCCCAGGUGAUGCAGAAAGCCAAACAGUAUUUAAUACGCAUGCUGAGUUUGACUGGGACAAAACUACGAGAUCUUCAAUUCUAGCUUCAUUUUUCUAUGGAUAUAUAUGUACACAAGUGUUAGGAGGUUGGUUUGCAGACCGUUAUGGUGGGAGACGUGUAUUUGGCGUUGCUAUGGCAGUCUCAUCUAUCUGCACUAUUUUGACGCCAAUUUGUGCUAGGACAUCAGUCAUUUUAGUAUUUGUCUUACGUGUAAUCAUUGGACUAGCGACAGGUACAGUGUUUCCAGCAAUGCAGUCAAUGUGGGGACGAUGGACACCCUCUUUAGAAAGAAGUAAAUUAAUGACGUUUACCUCUGUAGGAACUAUGUUUGGUGUAGUUGCAACAUUUGCCUCUUCUGGUUAUUUGUGUGAAUAUGGCUUUGACAAUGGAUGGGGUUCCAUUUUCUAUAUCACAGGUGGGUUUUCGUGUAUUUGGGUGAUGGUCUGGUUCAUCCUGACACGUGAUACACCUUCAGAACACCCCCGGAUAUCUUCUCAGGAAAGAGAUUACAUAAUCAAUUCCAUAGACUUUGACACAACAAAAAGGACGUCUAAAGUGCCAUGGACUGAAUUUGCAAGAUCACCAGCAUUGCUAGCAUGCAUAACAGCACACAUGUGUAACAAUUGGACGAACUAUACAUUGCUAACAAGCCUCCCCGAUUUUAUGAAGUCUGUCAUGAAAUUUAAUAUAAAGAGUAAUGGUCUUCUGACAGCUUUGCCGUACUUAUGCCAAGCUGUAUCAGGACUAGCUGCUGGACAAAUAACUGAUCUUAUACGAAGUAGAAAGAUUUUAUCAACAACAGCAACCAGACGAUCAACUGGUGCUAUCGCAUUCACAGGGGCAGCAGUUUUCCUGGUAGCUACUGGUUUUAUGUCAUGUGAUCACCGUGACAUGGCUGUUGCUUUCCUGUCACUUGCAGUAAUGUUUACUGGUUUAAAUAGAGCAGCAUUUAUAGUUAACCACAAUGACUUUGCCCCGAAGUAUGCUGGUGUACUUUUUGGAAUAACUAACACAUUUGCAACGAUACCAGGAAUGAUUGCUCCAAUCGUUGCAGGUGAGCUUACACCAAAUGAUACCUCCGAAGAAUGGCGAAAUGUAUUUUACCUAUGUGCAGCAUUCUGUAUACUUGGGACGUUGGUGUUUGGAGGUUUAGCUCGUGGCGAAGUUCAGGAAUGGGCCAAAGACAAAAGUGACGAUGUGUGGAUAGAAACAAAAUCAAACAUGCCAACAAUACAACUCUAUACAUGACAAAGAACACGGAAUUGCCUACAGACCUGACAUAUGUUGAAUGAAUAUAUUAUGAUGUUCGUAUUGUCAUGUCUGCAAGUGUAAUAACAUACCUGGACAAUAUACUGUCAUAGAUCAAUGAUAGAAUCAGUAUUUUUUCUCUAUUUUAAACAUAUGCUCUCUGAAACUAUCUUUAUUUUGUUAAUCAUUCACCUCUAUCUAUAGCUUUUUGACAAGAAUAAACUUAUCAUAGAU